GUCUUAUCAUUUUAAGGAUUAGAUCGUUAAUUUCUCCUAAAAAGUAACCAAAAAAUCCACGAAAUUUGUUGGGUAUGCAGGUGGCCCGUAGCAAGAAGGAAGGUCUAGCACAAUAGAGUGAGACGGUACUGCACUUCGCUCCACUUGGAAAACACAUCUGCUCUGUACGGAAAACGGAGAAGAUGAUCGUGUGCGUCGCCGUUGUUGGCCACCAGAACAACCCGCUGUACAUACAGAGCUUCACGGAGGCUGACGAUGCCCUCAAGCUCCAUCACAUCGUCCACUGCUCCCUCGAUGUCGUCGACGAGCGAGUGAACAAUCCGAAAAAAUAUGGGCCGACGCUAAACGAGCCAUUUCUGGGUCUGCUUUAUCCGACCGAAAAUUACAAAGUGUACGGGUAUCUGACUAAUACAAAGGUGAAGUUUAUCGUGGUGACAACGGGUCUAGAUGUCAGAGACGCCGAUGUUCGAAAUUUUUUCAGGAGGUUCCAUGCUGCAUAUGUUGAUGCGGUUUCAAACCCGUUUCACGUGCCAGGGAAAAAAAUAACCUCCAGAACUUUUGCAGAAAGGGUCAGCACCAUAGUCAAAUCAUUUGGGUUGAGUUCAGCUGGGUGAAUAAUCGCCGUUAGUCUAGAAGCUAAACCUUUAUGAAUUUUCCUUUAUGAAUCUUGUUGAAUAUGUAUGCCCUCCCACCGUUUUUGUUGCACUGCUUUUGUUUCACAUAGGAUCUGGGUCUAAGUGAGCUCAUCCAUGUAUCUCAGAGAUUGUAACACUUACCUUCCGACAGAACUGCAAAUUAAGUGAUAGCGGAGCUACAAACAAGUGAUCUUGUUAUUUCUUGUUACUUGGAAAUUCUUAUCAUAUUUGGCUUAA